AUGUAUUGUAUUUUGGCUUGCUUGUUUCUUUUCUCCGGAUCUGCGAUAGGACUAAUUAUUCGCGAUGUUCCUUGCAAUUUAGAAAAUAUUACAGCUGUGAGAGAUUUGAACUUAACAAGGAUGAUAGGAGAAUGGCAUCAACUAAAACGAAUACAGAACUCUGAUGAGAACGGCGCUUGCUCAACUUUAACAAUAGAUAUAUCUCAUGUCAACAAUUCCACGCCUGAGAUCACUAUAAUGCAUAGAGAAAUUUAUAAUAAAACAGCAUAUUAUAGAAACGGAACUAUUAUCUUUAAUAACUCGACCGCUGGAGUAUUCGCUAUGCAGUUUUCAAAUGUUAAGAUGGACACUGUGAUAGUCGCUACGGACUACUCGAAAUACGCCUUAUUUUAUAGUUGUAUGGACACUUCGGCAAAUAAAUCUGCUGUUUGGGCCUGGGUUUAUAGCAGAAGUACUUCUUUACAGCAAGUCGAAACAGACACAGGCUUCCAGGCCGCUGUGAAUGGUAACAGCGAUUUAAAAAACGCCUCGUGGAUAUCUAUUGACAAUUCACUUGAAGCCUGUGACAUAAGUGCAGGAGUCACCUUCAGAUUGUCACCAAUUCUUGCACUUCUGGCAGCAUUAAUCGUCUGCAAAGAUUUUGUCGUUUCAAAAUAA